GCGGGGGGGCAUGUGGGAGUGCGGAUCGGCACUAGCACUUGGCGCUCUGCAUUUGCAGCCAUUGAAGAUGGACGACGCUUCUCAAGGUCUCCUUCCCUCUCUCUCUUCUUUCUCUCCUUCUCGCAUGCUCCAAAAGGAUGCAGAGCAGGCGGACGCGCGUCAUCGACAGGUGAACCAACGAGGAGAAGAAGAAUCGCCCGGCAGAACGGGGAAGGUCCCCGAGGUUGCGGCUGCGGCGAGUGAUAGGAAGUGCCCGUUCGUGGCAAUUCACGGGUGAACUUCCGGAGCACCGGCGGGUUCGAAUCCAGAAAAAAAUCGUGCAUUUUGCGACGCCUUUCGUCUGAAGAUCUCGCAGAGUAGUGGCGUUCGAAUCCGACUCCGUAAUGUUUUGGCUGGACAGAACGACGUGACUUCCGAAGACCUCUGAAAAUUUUCGCGGCGUUGACGGGACGGAGAGGUCGUCUGAAGCUUCAAUUCGGCUUUGCAUGUGCGUGAAUUGGGACCGGAAUUACUGUCUUUGAGCGUGGACUUCGAUCUAGCCGCACGACCCAUCUGCACUUUCUCGACUGUCUUUCAGUGGAGAGCUUAGCGAGCGACAUUGCAUCGGAGAUCCAAUGGCGGGCGUCUAGAAUUCCGGGUUCGUGUUCGGCUGAGUCAAAAUUCCUCGUGCCGAGCGGUCGUCGUCGACAUGGCUACUUGGGAAGCUUUCGGAGAGGUCGCGAAUGUGGCCCAGCUCACCGGCCUCGACGCCACGCGGCUGAUCGGGAUGAUCGUGCAGGCCGCCAACACGGCGCGGAUGCACAAGCGGAAUUGCCGGCAGUUCGCUCAGCAUCUGAAGCUGAUCGGCAACUUGCUGGAGCAGCUCAAGAUCUCGGAGCUCAAGAGGUACCCGGAGACGCGGGAGCCCAUCGAGCAGCUCGAGGACGCGCUGCGGAGGUCGUACAUCUUGGUCAACAGCUGCCAGGACCGGAGUUACCUCUACCUGCUGGCCAUGGGGUGGAACAUCGUGUACCAGUUCAGGAGGGCGCAGAACGAGAUCGACCGGUACUUGAAGCUCGUCCCGCUCAUUACUCUCGUGGACAAUGCUCGAGUUCGGGAAAGGUUGGAAGUUAUUGAGAGGGAUCAACGAGAAUACACAUUGGACGAUGAGGACCAGAAGGUGCAAACUGUAAUCUUAACGCAUGAACCUUCGAAAAAUGAUGCCAUGAUGUUGAAGAAAACUCUGUCCUGUUCCUAUCCAAACCUCUGUUUCAAUGAGGCUCUGAAGAAGGAGAAUGAGAAGCUUCGAAUGGAACUUCAACGGUCACAAACAAACAUGGAUAUGAACCAGUGUGAAGUUAUUCAGCGCUUGCUUGAAGUCACAGAAACUGUUGCCUCAAAUUCACUCCCUGAUUAUGGUUCACCUGUCAAAGGAUCCAAGAAAAAGGAGAAAUAUACCUCUGAUGCUGAUAGUGAUAGAGAACAAUCCACGGGAGAAACAUAUCCUAAUAAUUCUACCAGCAAAACUUCAAGAAGUACAUCAGUCUCCUUGGACAAUGAUCUGCUCCCAUCUAAGGGUUCAUAUGGACAUUAUGAAUGGCACACUGAUUUACUGGGCUGUUGCUCAGAACCACUUCUAUGCAUUAAAACAUUCUUCUGCCCUUGUGAUACAUUUUCAAAAAUUGCUACUGUGGCAACUAAUAGGCAUAUGAGUCCAGGAGAAGCAUGCAAUGAUUUGUUGGCAUAUUCAUUAAUACUGUCAUGCUGUUGCUACACGUGCUGCGUCCGAAGGAAACUACGCAAGAUGCUGAACAUAACGGGAGGUUGGUUUGAUGAUUUCCUCUCACAUUUUAUGUGCUGCUGCUGCGCUCUCGUCCAAGAAUGGAGAGAAGUGGAGAUCCGAGGGCUCAGUGGUCAUGAGAAGACGAAGACAAGCCCUCCUCCCUCACAAUACAUGGAAUCGUGAGCGGCCGCUCACGAGGACCCCGGAAAGGAUCGGAUGCCUAGGGAACAUUGACAUAGAGGUGAUACCUAGUCACCUCCAGGAACUUCUCCGGUGUAACAUAUACGACAUUGUAAAGCAGUUCGUUCUUUAUCUCUUGAACUCCGAUAGCCGGUGUACCACAUAAAGAAUGAUCCGCAGUAAGUGUCUGUGUCGUUCUCUUGAUUAGCUUUCUGCACUGUUCAUACCAAAAGUUUGUGACCACACAGCAGGGUGAAUGAGAUAAUUCAAUUAUGUUCUUGUGUUC